AUGGACCUGCUAUCAAUCGAAAUAGUUUUCAUGGUGCUAGAGUACUUGUCAAUUAUUGAGAUAUACCGUCUUAUUCAGAUAUACGCUGAAAAUCCUCAGUAUGAACAAUUAGUAGCAUGGCUUACCGACUACAAAAAUCGAAAUCAGAGUAGAGCGGUCCCGCAAGCAAACAACUGGAUUAUAAAUCGGAUUGUACGGGAUUUAUCACGCCUCGAAGACCCAUAUUUUCAUCGUGGAUGUGCCUUUUACUCUGAGGGUUCCCUACUUCAAAUUGGAGAUGAAGUAUGGUGGUCCAAAACGGGGCCCUCAGUAUUAACACCCAAUGGUCGCACUGAACCAAGUCAAUGUAGCUGGGUCUGGAAAAAGGGGGCUGUAGGAGCGGCUGGUGGUAGCUCCAGUCCCAUGGAAUUAUGGGUUAGCCGGAACCCAGCCGUGUUCGAGUCCUUAGAAAUGCCGUUUGACAAGGUCACUGGUUUCAUCGAGAGGGCUGGCCCGGAAAGAUUUCGCAUUAAUUCUACAAAUUUCAGUGGACCAGGAGAACUCUUUUUCGAGUCCUUCCUUCCGCGACCAGCGGAGGAGUCUAUCACUGGUGGGACCGAUUUAUGUUCAGUACUUUCAUCUAUUCAUACUCUGCAAACAUUGAUUCUAAAGGCUCCGGUAGAGUAUUACGUCGCGCCUAAAACGUGGUGGGCUGAAGAGGAUUGGUCUUAUCCAAGGGAAAGAUUUGAUAGAACAACAUCACCCUUGAAACCAUUGCUAUCGGCAUUAUCAUCAUUUUCUAAUCUUACAGUACUAUGCUGGGCCUUUCCUUUAAGGCAGUGGGAGGUGCUCGAGGACGCGACCGUCUUUAAUGGUAUCUUCCGUGCCGUUCCAAGAUUGAAAUCGCUCAUCGUCACCGAUAUUCCCCCACGGGUUAGCUGUAGUGUGGAGAAGAUCGAUUUCGGCAAGGCUAUGUGCUUGCAAACUUUGCGGUUAUACUCCCUAGUUAUUCCUUUGGAACAGAAAAAACCAUACCGAUCGGAUUUGAUGGAGAUUACUGAUAUUCACCCUGCUUGUAUACUUCUUGGUAGCAUUCGUACCCAUUUAGAAAGAUUCGUGGCAUUGCGAGAUUUCAAUGACCUGUUCGUACGGCUCCUACUUGGCGACUAUGUGGGCACCGCUUUUAGGUCGGCCAGGAGUGACUUAUUGCAAGAUCUUAUGGAAACUUUAUAA